GAACAAAGCGGCGUCGUAUUCCCGGCAAUGAUAUCUCACUCGCACAGUACACAAGGAAGUUGUCCCGCCACUCAAAAAACCUCCCCUCCUUCAUCUUCCACACUAGCAGAGUUUCUCUUGCCUCCCUUGGAUUUCACUUCUUUAGUCCCUUUAAAACCCUAAUCUGAAUGGCCUUGUUCUCUCCUCUCGCGGUCCACGCGCGCUCCUCCCUCUUAUUCUCUUCCGCACCAUGUCAACGGCUCCGUUCCCAAGCUCUCCUGCCCUUGAGGACUCAAGCUCCUUGCUUUUCCUCCGUAUAUUCCCCUAAACCAGAUCGAUGGGCUACCCGCUUCGUCACGAGAGCUGCGGUUUCCCAGUUCGACCCAAGUAUUGGGGAGAUUCUCGGCGAUGUUAGCAUUUUCACCGCCGCCGGCGACCCCGUCAAAUUCGAGGAUCUCUGGGAUCAGAAUGAGGGAGUAGCUGUUGUUGCACUAUUGAGGCACUUUGGUUGUAUUUGCUGUUGGGAGCUUGCUUCAGCACUAAAAGAAUCAAAAGCAAAAUUUGAUGCAGCUGGUGUGAAACUUAUUGCAGUUGGUGUUGGUACUCCCGACAAAGCUCGUAUUCUCGCAGAACGGUUACCAUUUCCAAUGGACUGCCUUUAUGCUGAUCCUGAUCGCAAGGCAUAUGACGUUCUGGGCCUAUACUAUGGAUUUGGCCGAACAUUCUUCAAUCCAGCCAGUGUUAAGGUGUUUUCUAGAUUUGAAGAACUGAAGAAAGCUGGGAAGAACUAUACCAUUGCAGCCACCCCAGAUGAUAGAAGUAGUGUGUUACAACAGGGUGGAAUGUUUAUCUUCAAAGGUAAGCAACUGUUGUAUGCAAGGAAAGAUGAAGGGACAGGUGAUCAUACUUCAUUAGAUGAUAUCUUCAACGUUUGUUGCAAAGUUCCAGUGACCUAAACUCUGCAAGUAUGCUGAAAUAUUUUAUAAUUCCAUUUCACCGUUUAUAUGCAAUAUUAUCAAUAUCACCACUCCUUCAAUAAUUAGAUGUACAUGCUACUUAAAAAAAUAUAAAUGUAUAUACACACGCGUAUAAGAACGGGUAUAUAGCACACCAGUAAAUAAAGACUGUGUUUACCUUUUUA